CACAUCUAACGAGGGUGUAAAUAAUAAUGAUCGAGGUGGAGACCGAGGAACGGAAAUGGAAGUGGAUGAGCCGACAGCAGGUGCAAAUGCAGGCUCCAAUGCUAGUACAGUUGAGAUUCCUGCUAGUAAAGCCACCAAAUUACGUGGUCAUGAAUCAGAAGUGUUUAUUUGUGCCUGGAAUCCGACGACUGAUUUGUUGGCUUCUGGUUCAGGCGAUAGUACUGCUCGUAUUUGGGAUAUGUCAGACAACUCGCAAGCACCCAAUCAACUGGUCUUGCGACAUUGCAUCCAAAAAGGCGGCACCGAAGUACCCAGUAAUAAAGAUGUUACAUCGUUAGACUGGAAGUGCGAUGGUACAUUACUUGCAACAGGAAGUUAUGAUGGUUAUGCGCGAAUUUGGACAACAGAUGGGCGAUUAGCAUCUACAUUGGGUCAACAUAAAGGACCAAUUUUUGCCUUAAAAUGGAACAAACGUGGCAAUUACAUUCUAAGUGCUGGCGUUGAUAAAACGACGAUUAUUUGGGACGCUGAAAGCGGACAAUGCACGCAACAGUUCAGUUUUCAUUGUGCGCCUGCUCUGGAUGUAGAUUGGCAGACAAAUACGUCAUUCGCUAGCUGUUCUACAGAUCAAUGUAUACAUGUAUGCAAACUCAAUGUAGAUAAACCUAUCAAGAGCUUCCAGGGACACACAAAUGAAGUUAAUGCAAUUAAGUGGGAUCCGCAAGGAAAUCUAUUGGCCAGUUGUUCAGACGAUAUGAGUCUGAAAAUCUGGUCUAUGAAACAAGACACUUGGGUACACGAUUUACAAGCACAUAGUAAAGAAAUCUACACUAUCAAAUGGUCGCCGACUGGUCCAGGGACACACAAUCCAAAUAUGAAUUUAACAUUGGCUAGUGCAUCAUUUGAUUCUACUGUAAGACUGUGGGACGUGGAAAGAGGUGUGUGCAUACACACGCUUACAAAACACACUGAGCCAGUAUACAGCGUGGCAUUUAGCCCGGAUGGAAAGUUUCUUGCUAGCGGUAGUUUUGAUAAAUGCGUUCAUAUAUGGUCUACACAAAGUGGUCAAUUGGUACACAGUUAUAAAGGUACAGGCGGUAUUUUUGAAGUCUGUUGGAAUAGUCGUGGUGACAAAGUCGGUGCAUCAGCUUCAGAUGGCAGCGUAUUCGUUCUUGAUCUUCGUAAGCUAUAAUCAUAAUUGCAUCCUAGAAUAUAUUUUUCGAUUCGGCAA